GCAGAAAUGUUGGUUGCAAAAAAUUGUUUAAAACAAAUACACAAAAAUUUUGAUUUAAUACACUUAAAUAAUAUAAUAGAAAAAAAUGUGUAUCCAAAUGUAUACAAGUUAUUACAAGUGGCACUUACAUUACCAAUUAGUUCUGCCACAUGUGAACGAUCCUUUUCAGCUUUACGUAAGAUAAAGACAUGGCUUAGAGUAUCAAUGGGGCAGGACAGACUAACUGAUUUGUCAAUAUUAUACAUUGAAAAAGAUUUGACAAAAUUAAUUAAUGUCAAUAAAGUUAUAGAUGCAUUUGCAGAAAAAGAUAGGCGUAUAAAUCUUGUAUAA